AUGGGUUCAAAUGGUAGUGGUAUGUUGUCAGGAGAAGAUAUUCAGAAUAUCUGUCAAGAUACAGGUUUUACAUCAAAACAAGUUCGACGAUUGUACAGUCGUUUUAAAUCAUUGGCUAAACCUAGUUCUGACUAUUUGACACGUGAAGAUUUAUUAUGUGUACCAGUAGUUGGUAUAAAUCCAUUAGGCGAAAGAUUAAUCGAUGUUAUUAUAAACGAUUUUGGUGAAAGUAAUAAAAUUAAUUUCAAACAAUUUGCCGUUUUAUUAGCAAGAUUUGGUCGUGGUAAAGUAAAAAUUUCAAAUGGAUAUAAUACAAAAGAAAAUAAAUUAAAAUUUUUAUUUGAUAUAUAUGAUAGAAAUCACGAUUUAAAAAUUGAUCGAAAUGAAUUACUUGAAGUUUUAAAAAUGAUGGUUGGUGGUAAUAUUCACGGUUAG